AUUUUGGCUCAAUUGGGCUCACAGUUCACUGCUUUUUAGAACACGGAACGAUUCAUAUUCGACAUCACAAUAUUAAAUCGCAAUGAACGCAAAAUGUUUCUUUAUUUAAAAACCUCGCUUGAAAUGCAGUCUUGAAGAAUAGCGCUUGUGCGACAAUGUUGCGUUAAAUUUGUGCAACAGAUACAGUUACAUUCUAUUGGUACAUGCUGACAUUAGUCGAGUAAACGCCUUAUUGAUAUGGACGUGUCGAGCCCACUUGUUGCCGCUGCCUCGGACGGCGAACGGUCCAGUUCGGAGGGCGAGUACACGGUAGCGAACGGGCCUGCGCUGAGAGACCCCGAGAGAAGCGAGGGUGAGACGCCGAUGGAGGCUGCUGCAGGUGCGGUCGGGUUCAGUAUCUCGCGUCUGGACACGCUGAGCGCACUGAAACUCAACCGAACCCGACCGUCCGCCGACACGGAGCUCCGCUAUCUGCACCUGUUAUGGAAGCCCGGUGAACUGCUACAGGCGGGACGGAGUUCACCGGGCAAGAUCACAUCGAGCAGAGUGAAGCGGCUUGGAAGAGCCCGGAGGAACAUGGGGCCCAUUGGAAAAGACCUGUAUGCUGUGAAGAGGCUCAGAGAAGCUGCCAACUCCAAUGAUAUUGACACGGUUCGUAGAUUGCUGGAAGAUGAUACUGAUCCUUGUGCUGCUGAUGACAAGGGCAGGACGGCCUUACACUUCUCUUCCUGCAAUGGCAACGAGAGUAUUGUUCAGUUGUUGCUGAGUUAUGGUGCUGACCCAAACCAGAGAGACAGCCUCGGAAACACACCACUGCAUCUGGCUGCCUGCACCAACCAUGUGCCUGUCAUCACUACCUUACUGCGAGGAGGUGCCCGUGUUGAUGCUCUGGACCGUGCUGGAAGGACUCCUCUUCAUCUUGCCCGUUCAAAGCUCAACAUCUUACAAGAGGGAGACUCCCGUAGUCUAGAAACCCUCAGAGGAGAGGUCACACAGAUCAUUCAAAUGCUGCGGGAAUAUCUGAAUAUAAUGGGACAGAGUGAGGAGAGAGAGAAACUAGAGCACAUCUCAAACCAGCUGCAGAACACCCGCACCAGAAAGCAGGUGGACGAGGUGACGGACCUACUGGCCAGCUUCACGUCUCUCAGUAUUCAGAUGCAGAAUAUAGGAGACAGGUAGAGAUGGAUGGAAGAGAAGACGUGAGAGGAUGGGACAACUGUGGCUUUUGUUUAGAAAAUAGGAGAAACUAUUUAUAUAUGAUGAUGACAUGCCUACAUGUAUUACCCAACUGUAAUUCCGGUUAUUUAAAUUCAAUUUUGACUGCCUAAAUGUAUAACACAACUGUGUAAUUCCGGUUAUUUAAAUUCAAUUUUGACUGAGAAUACAAUGAAUUGCCUUUUAUUUUUGUUCCUGGAACAAUUCCUUUCUGUUAUGCCUUUAUGGUAGCCUAUUAUGUCACUGUUUACUGUACAUCUAUUUGAAAGACAGCCAAAUAAAUUGCAUAAUGUUAA